GUAAUUUUAAUUAUAUUUCCUCCAACCCCCCCUCUUUUGAAAUCUACAACUCCCAAACAAGAGGAAGGAAUCCCUUCUCCCAAACUCCCAAACAUACCAUAAGUGAUUAUUUUGGAUCUACAUAUAUAUAACUUCAUUUUGCUUUCCAUAAUUCUCUUGGUACAAGCUGAGAUUGUCUGCGUUCUUCCUUUCACUAUAUUUGGAUUUACAUAAACUUAUUUACCUUGCUCGUGUUGAUGAUGAGGAUUUAUUAAUUUGUGAGACUCUACGUGGAUUUUGAGCAUUUCAGUGAAAUUACGAUAGAUAGCAAUGGUGUUCUUCAGAUGCGUUUCUCUUAUGUCAAAGUUGCGCUCCCGAGCUGUUCAGCAGCCUAGUCUAUGCAAUUCUGUACGCUGGCUACAAGUUCAGACCUCUUCUGAUCUGGACCUGCGCUCUCAGCUGCAGGAAUUGAUUCCAGAACAGCAGGAACGUCUCAAGAAAAUCAAGUCAGAGCAUGGGAAAGUUCAACUUGGAAAUAUCACAGUGGAUAUGGUAAUUGGUGGUAUGAGAGGAAUGACUGGAUUGUUGUGGGAGACAUCAUUGCUUGAUCCAGAUGAGGGCAUCCGCUUUAGGGGAUUGUCUAUACCUGAGUGCCAGAAGUUACUACCUGCUGCAAAGCCUGGCGGAGAGCCUUUGCCUGAAGGCCUCCUCUGGCUUCUCCUUACAGGAAAGGUGCCAUCAAAGUCACAAGUGGAUUCCUUAUCUCAAGAGUUGAGAACGCGUGCUAUUGUUCCAGAUCAUGUAUAUAAAACCAUUGAUGCCUUACCUGUUUCGGCUCACCCAAUGACUCAGUUUGCUACGGGUGUAAUGGCUCUUCAGGUUUGUAGUGAGUUUCAGAAGGCAUAUGAGAAUGGACUACACAAAUCAAAGUACUGGGAAUCAACUUAUGAGGACUCCCUCAAUUUGAUUGCUCAAGUCCCACUUGUAGCAUCAUAUGUAUAUCGCAGGAUUUACAAGAACGGCCAUGUUAUAUCAAAAGAUGACAAACUGGAUUAUGGUGCAAACUUUGCGCACAUGUUAGGUUUUGAUAGCCCUGAUGUGCAUGAACUCAUGAGGCUCUAUGUUACCAUCCAUAGUGAUCAUGAAGGUGGAAAUGUUAGUGCUCACACUGGUCACCUAGUUGCCAGUGCCCUUUCAGAUCCUUACCUCUCAUUUGCAGCGGCGUUGAAUGGUCUAGCUGGUCCCCUCCAUGGUUUGGCUAAUCAGGAAGUGUUAUUAUGGAUCAAAUCAGUUGUGGAGGAGUGUGGAGAGAACAUAUCCAAAGAGCAGCUCAAGGACUAUGUCUAUAAAACCUUAAACAGCGGCAAGGUUGUACCUGGAUUUGGGCAUGGAGUUCUGCGCAAGACCGACCCUAGAUAUACAUGUCAAAGAGAAUUUGCAUUGAAGCACUUACCUGAAGACCCACUGUUUCAGCUGGUUUCAAAGCUUUAUGAAGUUGUUCCUCCUAUCCUUACUGAACUUGGCAAGGUGAAAAAUCCGUGGCCCAAUGUUGAUGCACAUAGUGGGGUGUUGUUGAGCUAUUACGGUUUAUCUGAAGCUAGAUACUAUACAGUCCUCUUCGGUGUAUCCAGAGCUAUUGGCAUUGGCUCACAGCUGAUAUGGGACCGAGCUCUUGGAUUGCCAUUGGAGAGACCAAAGAGUGUGACGAUGGAGUGGCUCGAAAAUCACUGCAAGAAAGCAUCCGGUGCUUGAAUUCUCUUUUUGCACUGAAUGCAUCAUGCAUGCAUUCCGAUGAUUUUUGUUUUAAUAAGUUCCUAACUUUUACGAUUCCCUUCUAGUUCUCCAGCUAGAUUUCACCUUUCCACCAAAGAAGCAUUUACACCAUUUACAUUUUUGCCGUUUACACCAAUUUUCUACUAUUGUUAUUUGCAGAGCUUUUUUAGCGAUUCAUUUGGUGAUUAGCAUCCUGAGUUGGUUCUUAGAGCUGGAAUAAUGUAAACGCUAUCAUAAUUGCAAAUACGCAACCAAUUGUUUGAAUUUGAAAUGUGAAAAUGAUAUGAGAAUAAAUAGUUGUUAUAUCUUAAUUGUGAUAUUGCAUAUUGAAAUAAAUUGAAAUGGUUACGUUGAACAAAUAAUUUUGAUAUUAAUUUUCUAACAUAUAAAGGUCAA